AUGGCCGACCGUUCUCGAGCAACCGGAGCCCAUCUGUCUCUCGAUGACUUUGAACAGACAUGGUAUCCGACCACCCUACAAUUCGACUUAAGAGCCCUCCGCCUGGAUCCUUUGGCAAUUGCCCCACAUGUCUUCAGGGGCAGACUCGAACAGAAGAACAUUGUUUGCAAGAUCGUUCCGAAAUCGAGGGCCUCCGAUAUGGACCACGAACGCGAGGUCUAUGACCGACUGAUAAGCUUGUGGGGCAACGGCGUGCCGCAGCCCUACGGGUUAUUCGAUUUUCACCUGGGGAAGAUGUUGAUUUUGAGCGACGAACGCGAGCCAUUGGACGAGUGGCAAUCGGAACGCCAAAAGGUGUAUGAUCUAGUUCAGAAAGUGCACGAUCUCAAUGUAGUGCACAAUGAUCUUCACCUCCACAAUGUGUUGAAGGACAAGGACGGCAAGUUGACACUUGUGGGCUUUACAGAUGCAACCGGUCAUCUGGGAGGAGAAUGUUACUGGACUUGUCCUGAGCCGUUCAGGUUCAGAACGUGGUUGUACCCGACAGAUCGGCAGGAUAGUCAGGAGCAUGCAAACAUGGGGGCGAGCGGCACCAACGGAGCAAGGGAAGAGAGGGAGAGGGAAACGGAGGGGGGGAGGAUGAGCAUCAGCGUCGACCGUGACCGACCAAGGGAGUCGGAGAGGGCUGCUGGAGCAGCAGGAAUAGCGGGAGGGGGGACAUGGGCGAGCGUGCUGUUUCGUCCCUUGAAGAUCUUGCCCGGGCAGGGAGAAUGGGGAAGAUUGAGCCGCUCCCUGCCUCUGGCGAGACGUCGACGAGCUCCGCUCCGUGGCUCAGGAGCGGCGCCAGCACCAGCAUGUUCUCGCCCUCCCAAUCAAGGACGAGCAUCUGCUCUGACGCAGACAGCGUCUUCUCCCCCUCACCAGCGGCAGUACUCUCCCGCAGUGCUGGCCUGGCAUGGACACACCAAUGACGCACACCCCUACCCCUACCCCGGCCAGCUGCUGCGGUUGGACAGGGGUUGCAGGCAGCGUGUCACCCAGUCGAGCCCGGGGGAAGGGGGUUCGGCGCUCAGUAUGCCGGGGUCACCUUGUACUUCUCCGAACGACCAGGGGCAGGGGCAGGGACAACGGCAUGCCAAUGGCAAGCGGUGGGGUCAGCAGCAUAUUUACGACUACAUCACCUUCACCCGGUUCAUCUUCCACGGACAGCGCCAACGCCGGAUCGACCUCGCCGUCGUUACGUUCCUUACUCAAUUCGGCCGAUCAACUCGGGGCCCCCUCAGAGAGAUCAAUACUGAGAUCUCUGCGAACCGGCCUGGCAUUGCCAACCUGGGACCGCGUAUGCCACCUCUCGCAAUUGUGGCGAAGCCCGGCUAUGCACACAUAGGAUCUGUUAUAGACAGCCUCAGUCCGCUCUUGUGCGGCAAGGUCAACUCUUCCGGUACAUUCAGCAUCCACCAAGGCUAG